CGGCGCGAUCAGUAGCGGCACUGACAUUAAACGGGGGAGUGGUCGACGCGCGUCGUACCCGUGGUAUCCCUCUGUCCGUUCCCGUAGCACGAGCGGAUCGGAGCGCGCAUCAACGCGCGGGUGCUACGCCGCAAGGAGGCCGCCGUCGUCGCCGUUGCUGUCGUCGUCGUCGUCGUCGUCGUCACUGCCUCUUCGGCUGCGGCCGCCGCGCAUCGCCGGGGUCGCGUCGUCGCGUGCGGACCGCGCCGCGUGUGCCCGUGUCCGAAAAAUGUAAUAUGGCGAUGGUUGCGUCGAACAUGAGCGGCCACAUACAGAAGCAGCUCACCAGGAGCCUCGAGCGGAUCCUGGAGGAGGCGCACCUGAGCGGCGAGCUCAAGCUGAGCGGCCGUAAGCUCAAAGACUUCCCGAAGGUCGGGAAAGCUGGCACGGCCAAGUACAAUCUCCAGGAUACCGUGAUCGCCGACCUUUCGAAGAAUCGUUUCAGUGAGUUACCGGAGGAAGUCACGGAAUUUCCAUUCCUCGAAAAGCUGCAUCUUUAUCAUAAUGCCAUAAGAAUAAUCCCGGAAACCGUCGUGAUGCUCCAGUCCCUGAACUACCUCGAUCUUAGUCGAAACCAAUUGACGUCGCUACCUCGAGAGAUAUGCAGGCUACCCCUUCAGACCUUGCUAGUCGCGCACAACAGAUUAGCAUCUCUGCCAGACGAGCUGGGCAGGAUGACAGCAUUAGCAGAACUGGACGCAGGUUGCAACGAAAUCACGAGUCUUCCAGCUCGAAUGGGCGACCUUGCGCGACUCCGGUCUCUGGACCUGAGGAGCAACUUGCUGGUGCACCUGCCUAUAGAACUGACGUACCUGAGGCUCGUGAAGCUGGAUAUUAGCGGCAAUCGAAUAUCUGUACUUCCAAAUGAGAUGAGGAAGAUGAAGAGCUUAGUGGAUUUCAGACUGUCCGACAAUCCGCUGACCUCGCCGCCUGCCUCGCUAUGCAUUCGCGGGCGAACGCACAUUUUCAAGUACUUGGAGAGGCAGGCAGCGAAGCACGAGAGGGCCAGAGGCGGUCGAACGCGGCGGGCACCACUGGAUGCGAGAGGUCACGCGACAUUGGACACGAGGUCACACCGGCGGCACAACGUCGAUAGCGGGUACAGCACCAGCGACGGCGUUGACAAACGUUGGUCCCAGGAAAUCCACAGCGCGGUACACGACGGCGAAGUUCGCAGCUUGUGGCGGCAGGAAUGUUCACCGCUCUCGAUAACGCUACCGCAUGAGGUAGGCGUGAACGGAUCCUGCAGCGGCACGUCGACACCGAGCACGAUUUCACCCGGGGAGCACACGUCCCUGGAGGAUGAGUUAGGCAAGGCGAUGAUAUUGCACGAUCAAUUGGAAAAGAGGAGAUUAGAGAGGAGCGCCUCGGAGAAUGGGGCGGACAUUCGAAGACCGAUGAUCUCCGGCCUUCAACACACAUCGAUUACGCCACCGGGCCAUCUGGAGUCCACGCAUUUGACGAGUCAGUCGCAGAUAUCGUCCGCACAGCAAUCGGUACACCCGCUCCAAACCGCAACGAGUCCCGCUACGAUGGUGAACGGCGACGAUAAGAGGCCGUUCAAUCACAUACAGACGUAUAGGGAAUACAAAGAAGCUUUGAAGCAGCAGAGAGCUAACGAAGGUCUAAGCGUGUACAGACCUCGCGAGCAAGUGACGCCUCCAGGCAACGAAACGCAAAACGAGACCGACAUGGGCAACAAUAAAGAAACUAUUACUCUGACUGGCAAGCAAAUCUUCAACGAAGAUAACGCAUUGAAGAGGCCGGUACAAAAGGUUACUCCAUCACGAAUAAACUACCAAAGCACGCCGAUCAUCAACGGUAGUAAUAACGAGUACAACAAUAAAAAUGGAAAAUAUCUCGAGCAACCUUAUAAAAAGCCUAGCUCGCCCAUCAAAACUUCCACUAGUAUCCUGUCCACGAAUUCAAGUCCAGCUCACGCGCCUAGGCUUGUGAAAACUGCUGUUGGUUACGUUGAAGUAUGCGCAUGUUUAUUAGGCAACAACAGUCCAAGCAGAAAUGGCGGCAGUCCGAAAUCCCCACGAUCCGUCACAUGGAAUAGUAACGUGCCUGAAAAGUAUUCCUUUACUAUGAGGAGAGAAUUUGAACGUGCCAAAGAAGAGGCUGAUCUCAUCGAACAACUACGAAGCCACAUAGAGACAAGAUUGAAGAUGGCAUUGCCAGAGGACCUCGCACCAGCGUUAACGGACGGCGUUGUUCUCUGUCACCUGGCGAACCAUGUUAGACCGCGAUCGGUUGCUAGUAUACAUGUUCCUUCUCCCGCUGUACCUAAACUGACGAUGGCACGAUGUAGGCGUAACGUCGACAACUUCCUCGAGGCGUGUCGGAAGAUUGGCGUUGAUGAGGAGGUGUUAUUGGACGCGGAUGCAAUCAUGGACGUGGGUUACAUGGACGCGUACGGGCUGGAGGCUCUGGCGCGCCUCGUCACCGCUCUUUUCCUUAUUCGCGAUGAGGGGGAGAGUGGCAUCAAAAAGCCGGCCGCAGAUUCACUCUAUACAAUUCAAGACCGCGUUUUGUCCGCGAUGCUUUUUACAACAUUCCUAUCCGCCCUGGUUCUACUCUAUUUCUUCCCAAUCCCCGAUUAAUAAGACGAUGUUGGAAACGGAAAGCCGUCAGUAUACGAAAAAUGAAGAAUCGACGAAUUGAGAAAAGGGGGAAAAAAUACCAGGACCGGAAGACACGGAAUCUCGAGACGACGAUUCUCAGAGUAGCUACAUUCUUUUUUGACUAAACCAUCGUCGCGUCAAUUUCGCUUUUGAUAACCGUAUCAGUCUGAGAAUCACCGUCUCGUUUGAACAACGAUGUAGGCGACACUUUCAUUGUUCGUUUCGUAAUUCGAUAUUUUUAGGAUUAUAUUCGGUUAUUUUUGUCGGCUCUUUGUACUUACGUCUAUUAGGACUAAAGAAAGUGUCGCAUCAGAUCCAACUUCGAUGUCAAAGAUUCCCAAAUGGUGCUUAGCCAGUCGCUUUGAAUGAAGAAAAAAAUGUGCGUUAAUAUUCAAUAGAUACGACACAUUUCUUCUUUGAGAAAAAAAGACUAAUGGUCUAAAUGUCUAAACGUUUACGUAACAGAACACUAGAGAGUCAUCGGCAUCGAAGUACUCUGUAAUUUUUUAAAGUGUCUUUUGAGUAGAUUAAAGAAUGGUUGGCGCCGCUGUCGCACUUAGACACUUUAAAGGAUAUCAGAACAUAUCUUUUGUCGCAUGACAAAUUGUCGCUAAUCCUCACAAGAGGCAACGUACUUAGCUUUCGAGAAUCGACUCAUCGCGAUAGUAGCUUUAACGAAGUUGUUCGCUUUUUUCGACCUACGCUCGCGUAAGUUUCCUCGUUUGAACGCACGAGCGAGGAAUCUUGCGGUCAGCGGAGAAUUUUCGGAAAUAGUUUUUAAGUGUUGGUAGGCAGCUUGAUGGAACAUUUAGUCGACUAAGUAGUAUGUAAAUAUCUUUUUUCUGAAAAAGCCUUCAUUCUUUAUCGACAAUUGCAAACGGGGGAUAUCGACAAAAGUUCAGGUGAUAAUAUCCCCUGGAAGACACAACGUUUUAUUUUAUAUUCUGUGUACUCGCGUUAGUUUUCUUCGGGCUUAUCGCGAAUUAACGUAAAAUCAAAGAGCGCAAUCAAAGUGAAAAGCGCUCGCAUAUCACAUUCAGUUAUUUGUGAAUGUACCUUACAGAAUGAGCCAGUUAUAAGAUCGCCGCUUGUAAUCGCGCAAGCCGGCAGUCAGCGACUAGAACGAUGAAAUAUUUUGAUAAAAAGAAGAAAAGGAUAACGGUCGAAAAUCGAGAGUUGAUGUGCAAUACUCGUUCAAGAAUUGUACAAGUCAUAUAUAUCCCGUUUGACUUUCCGAAUUCUCGGGAAGUAUUCAUUGCCUUCUAUAUUAUGAAAGCCUCAGAAUCCCAAUUAGCUAGUAUUGCGACAUCAUUCUCUGCGCCUGGGUCUGCAAUUGUCUCUCAGGAAGAGAAGAGAAAGAGCGAACGGAAGGAUAGCUAUGGAUGCCUUCGAUGGCAAUAUUUUUUUAAGAUUCGACCAAUGAACCGCCUAUGGCUCUUUCAGGAUUGGUGGGUCUGUGAUAGGUAGCCUGCGAGUGUUACAUGAUUCACGAAAAAGGUGCUAAAGGAAUCUCUUUCAUUUCGAGGAUUUUCUAUUUUGAUAAUGUAAGAUCUAACGAAAGGAGGGUUUAAAGAUGUAACGGUGACGUUUAUAUUUAUUCGUUAUAAGUUAGAAGCGACAUCGCUUCCCUUAUUCGUAAUUUCGUAGGUAGAUCGAUCGUCUUCGAACUUUUCGAUUAUUCAGUAUAACAGGAACCACGUUUUCGUUUCGGAAGAGAAGAAAUAAAAUAAAGCACUCUUCGAUAUUUUCUCGACCAAGCAAUUUGGUCGUAGUCUAAAAAAAAAGGGAUACUGUACUUUAGAUCAACGUUACUUUGAUCUCAGCGUUAAUUUUGCUCGAGUUCCGCUUUUGAAAAGUAAGAAAUGCAAAUUUUGAAAUUUGAAAAAUAAGAAUGUGAAAAGUGUAUUUUUUACCGAGAUUCAAUCAUCACCGUUAAACGUAAAUAUUGUGUCUGUAUUAAUUAAUAAAAAUUAAUUAUUCGAUCCGAUUCUAAUUAUAGCAGUCAAAAUUUGAACUGACAGAAAUUAUACUUGAUAAUUUCUGACGAAAAUUAUAUCGAUUUAAACUCUGGGGUACUCUUUUUUCAGUAGAAACAGCUAUAAAAAUACGCACGAAAAAGUAAGCAAUCGAGAUCAAAGUGACCGCGAUAUUUGAUGGUAGAGACACGGUGCCUGCUACCUGCCAAUUUAUUUUCAUAAAAACUCGAUAAGAACGUAGAGGGCAUACAUCUAUGUGUAAGCAUAUACCUAAUAUUCUAAUGUUAAGAAAACGCUCUUCAGAUUUGUAGACGGGAUCCUUGUCGGAAAAGAAGACAGAUACAAUAUUACAUCACAUCCAGGUGAUUGAUAGACAGUGGGCUUCUCAGACAGUGAUUUUGAUACUAAUCGUCGCAAAGUACUUAAGACAGUGCCAAAUUUCUCAACAUGUUCCAUUGAAUGUGACAUUGCUUCGUUUUUCCGACAAGAUCCUAGGUCGUCGGAAAAAUCCUAACGCGAAGCGACACUAAUCGUUGCGAAUUGCUGAAAUUACGCUUGAGCCAAGCAAAUUCUUUGAAAAUAAUUGGAACUUUCAGAGGGCAAGGUUCCUCGUAAAAAAAGAGGCGUAGGAUUCUUUUCGUAAGUGGGCCUUAUGACGGGCGACCAUGCUAUACUUCGAGAGAGAGACUAUCAUAUAAGCAUAAUACGUAUUUAUACGUGUAUUUAUCGUCGCGAGUCGACACGUGCAUUAUUCUAUGCAGCAUGCCAGUGUAUAUUGUUUUUAAGGGGUUGCAAGAGCGAGCCGUAUCUUCCAUAAUUUCAUGCUCGAAUUCAGUCCGCGAUCUUGGCGAGAGAUGCAUUUUGAGGCAUGUACACAGAGGCAUUGCAUCCUCGCGUUUGCAGUCGGAGUGGAUUUUUGCACUUUCUAGUCUAUAAUAGUAUCGUUAUUUAUUAUGAGUUGUCAAACUAUCCCGGUUCUAGUCAGAUUAUUUUCUCCUCUUGCAUUUCUCUUCUGCAGUUUUAGUAACUUGUUGUGGCUUCUUCGUGACCUCCACGUAUUGAUGAUUUCCCAAUUAUUAUUCAUUACUUAACGCAACUAUUAUAUUUAGUCAGUUUAGAGCAAUGUUCUUUUAUUGGAACGCCCGACGUUCAUAUUCUACGACUUUCCUGAAAUUAUAUCUCAUGAAUUAUUUUCGCUUUGCUUAAUUUAUUUAUAUUAUAAUAUCAUCAAAUUAAUUUUUUAAUAGUUCCUUUUUUAGCCUUAAUCAAAUAUUAUUUUGUUGCAUUUAUUUAUUCGACACUAAUAAUUAUCGAAAGAGGAAUUCGUUACCUCUUUUACAUUUUGUGUGAAAAAUUAACGAUACCCGCGUCAAACGAUCAAAGUAUCCGUAGUAAAUAUAUAUAUGCCUCUUGGAAAAAAAAAUGAUCGGAAUGUCGAAAGUUUCGAACUGCAAUUGUCGAUCGUAAAUUAAAAAUUGCACCGUCAGUGGACAAAUUAUCAUCUCCGGGCGUUCCGAAUCUUAAACGCGUAAUUAGGCGGUCCGCUAAUAACUUCCGCACUUACAUCCAACGAGCGAAUCGUCCAUUAUGGAAUAACGAAUGAACGGCCGGACGAUGACAAGUCAUCAUCCGGAUAUAUUCCAUUACGUUUAAUCAUCGAUCAUUACGACGGGUGCCUAAUGAUCCUUCGCGGGGACGCGAAUACGAAUGGUCGCGACGGCCACGUCACGUCAGUAUUAUUCUCAUUAGAAUUGGACGAGAUGUCGAGGUAUUGAGUAUAGUAUUCUCAACAAUUUAAGACUGGAUUCGAAUUUUUUUUUAGCGCAUACCAGUGUAUACUUCGUAUCGUCAGUUGCUUAGCACAAUGGUUCACGUUUGAUCUACGUGAUUGCCCGACACGUGCUAAACCUUCAUACUAUCUUCGCAAACGGGCCGGCACAAAUAAUUUUGUAACGACGACGAUCAGUAGCUAGUAUAAAAAAAAUAUUGAAGAUGAUCAGUGCGAAAAGCAAUCGUUAGAUUAAAUUCGAUCUAACGCCUUAGAGUAAAAACGUAGAAUAAAAAUUUUGUACGAAACUUUAAUUCAUCCAGUCGUACUAGUCGAGGAUCAAUCUCGUAGAUCGUAGCAUUGAAAUUUUAUCGAUAGCUUUCGCUUUCGCAAGAGGCUACAAUUGCUAUUAAGCAUAUUGGAAAUAAAAAAAAUCGAAAAAGAGGGUUAUUUAAAGGAGGGAGAAAAAUACGAAAUCAUUCCGUUUGCGUUUAGCUUAUGUAAUUGUAUAAUUUUUGUAAGGUGCGCGAAGAGAAAGAAAAAGCUUAUAUAUGCAGAAAUAUAUAUAUAUAUAUAGAGAUAGAUAUAUAUUAUAUAUGAAAACAGAUAUAUAGUUCGUUGAAGCUAGUUCUUUUACAUCGUUUCUCGUGAUCUUUCUUUUAUUUUUUUUUCCUUUUUUUUACGUUAACGUUAACGUAUGUAAGUCAAUUAAAUUAUUUGCUAGCUCGAUAAAUCCACUUGGUGCUUGGUGUACUUUCGUCCGUUGUUGUUUCUGUAAGCUUCUAGAGCUUGUCUAUUUAUAUACAUAUCCUAUAUUUAUUGCGCGCGUUGUCCCCUUAAACUAACUUCGUACUUGCACGAUCGAUGCCUGCUCACCGAGCUCAAGACAAUAAUUUCUUUCUGAAUAAAUAAUUUGGCUUAAGCGGCCAGGAUCGACGAGCCUAGCACGAUCGACUCGUACCAACUCGAUCUUUGCGUGUACAAUGCGAAGCGCCCAGCAUCAACCGAAAAAACGCACAUAUGCACAAUGCAUUUACGUCGUUUCGGUCGAGUCGGGUUCAAUUUCCGUCACAUUCAUUUUAAAUCGUACCAUCAUUCAUUGGCGUAUGUUGAUUACAAAAGAGAAAGGACAUUUUUUUAUUUGAGUAUUACUUCUACGCAUUUGCGAAGAAAGUAUUCUAAAGUGGCUUAUCGAAUCUCAUUGAGUAUACGUCCGCUAAUUUUAGACUUCUUAAGCUUCCUGAUUUCUUCGUCUUAAGAGAGAAAUUUGGAACAGUUUCUUUAUCUAAGUAUAUAUUUAUACAUAAAAUCUAAAUGGAUAUGUUGUAAUUUAAUGAAUCAUUAAUUGAGAUUGAUAAUUUAAGUAAUUACUAUAUUGAGGAUUAGUAUUUAAAAAAUGUCCAGUUGUUUUUUAAUUAAAAUUCACAGGUUUUUGAUCAUAGAUUUACGCUUAUUGCGUUAUACAAUAAAUAAUAAUAAAAAAAAAAAUGACAAUCCAAUUCGAGAGACGAUCCAGUCCGAAUCGAAAUUUCAAGUAAAAUCGUACUCAGGAAAUAUGUGCGUUUAUUAGCCGAAUGCUGCCUGCAAUUUAAACGAGUGCAAUUAUUCGACCCGAUUCGAUCCGAAGCAUCGCCGUUCAACGAUCACGAUCGCGCGCCACCGACGUAAAAACGCGCACGUUCACACGAAUCGCACGAUCGUCGUAUCUCACAAAUAUCGUAUCUCGCAAGUGUCGCAGUGUGUUUCGUUUUUCUGUCUUUCAUAUUUAAUUUAUUUAUAAAGCAUGUUGCGUACCGACACUCGUCCGUCGUCCCUGACGCUUCGUUAUUAGAGAGUACGGUCCCAGCGGCGUAAUGCGAAGAGACAAUCAUCGCAUCUUUCCCUCGAUUUUCGCCGAAUCGAUCGACCAAGAACUAAAAUCUCUUUAAUUGUCUCGCCGCUCGGACCACAGCGAUAUAUCAUCGACCUUGUUUUUCUCCUUUGAGGUGUACUCUGUAACGUUGAUUGUAUGGGUAAAAAAAAAAAGAAGCAUAAUGAUUGUAAUACUAUAGCCAUUUAUAAUAAAAUAUCCUUUUCUUAAAA